GCUGGUGUGGGGGAGGGACGGGGAGGAAGGUGGGGGUUUUGUUUGCUUCCUCGCUAUUACUACUGAUCCAGCUUCGGGCGGGCGCCCGGAAAAGACCAGCAUGUCUUCCCAGCCGCGCGUGAGGCUCAGCGGCUCCCCGACCUCAGCCACCUCCUCGGGGGGAGGGGGAGCCGCGGCCGUGGCGGCGACUACUACGGCGGCGACCGUGGUGGCGACGGCAGGCGGGGCAGCCGGCACCAACAGCCGCCUACAGCCCAUGCGGGCCACAGUGCCUUUCCAGCUUAAGCAGCACGGCAGCCCCACGAGGAGCGGCGGCGGCAGCAUUCCACGAGGGGCGGCGGCGGCGGCGGUAGCAGCAGCAAACGCCCCACUCCAACCGCCGCCGCCGCCGCCUCCUUUGCCUUCCGCGCGUGCCGCCAGCCCCACGCGACCGACGCUUGGUAGCGGCAACAACGCUGGCGCCCGCGGGGGCAACACCAAUCUUAGCAGCAGCAGCAGCAGCCCGGCCGUGGGUACGCAGACGCUUCUUGGGGCGGGCGGCUCCGCCACGGGGACACCCUCCUUGUCCUCUUCCUCGGGCUCCGCGCGCGGCAGCCCCACGGGCGGGGGAGGGGCGCGUAGUAGCCCCCCUCGCCUGCCGGCGCCGCCCCUACCCGGUUCGACGCCUUCGCCUUGCUCGUCCCCGGUUUCGCCGCCGGUGCCUGAAGGCAGCGCCUGUGCCGCCGUCGCCGGAUCAGGAGGAAAAAUCCGGCAUCGCCAGCGACGGCAUUCGCCGGAGCAAAACGGGGCCUCUCCGGAGAGCAAGAGUCCUAGUUCUCCUGUUUGUAAAGUAGAUAAACCACGGCCACCAUCAUCAAGCCCUUCUAGUAUUUCCCGCCGUACCCCUUCACUAGACAUACUUGCUGCACCGUAUCUUGCUGGGCAAUGGCCUCGUGAUAAUCAUGGGCAAGUCACACCUUGUAUGAGGGAUAAAGCCACACAGACUGAGAGUGCUUGGGCUGAAGAAUACUUGGAAAAGAAAAAGGGAUCUCAUAAGCGCUCGGCGUCUUGGGGCAGCACAGACCAACUCAAAGAGAUUGCCAAGUUACGCCAGCAAUUGCAAAGAAGUAAACACAGCAGCAGACACCACCGUGAUAAAGAAAGACAGUCUCCAUUCCAUGGUAAUCAUGCAGCUAUUAACCAGUGCCAGGCUCCAGUCCCAAAGAGCAUGCUGGUUCCUGUGAUACCAAUAGCUAAGUCAAGUGGAUCCCGUUUCCGUAAUAGCAUAGAAGGGCUGAAUCAGGAGAUUGAAAUAAUCAUAAAAGAGACUGGAGAGAAAGAAGAACAACUUAUUCCACAAGAUAUUCCAGAUGGGCAUCGAGCGCCACCUCCUUUAGUGCAGCGUAGCAGCAGUACUCGCAGCAUUGACACACAGACUCCGGGUGGAGCAGAGAAAGGCAGUAACAACAGCAGCCGAUCUCAGUCUAUUUCCCCUAGCUCCUUCCUGGCUAUCUCCAAUGAGGGCAGUGAGGAGAGCCCUUGCUCUGCAGACGACCUGCUUAUGGACCCCAGAGAUAAAGAGAAUGGAAACAAUUCUCCUCUACCCAAAUAUGCUACAUCACCAAAGCCCAACAACAGCUAUAUGUUCAAACGUGAACCUCCUGAAGGCUGUGAGAAAGUCAAAGUUUUUGAGGAAAGCUUGCCAAAACCUUUGCAUGAAAUUCCAGCCUUUUAUUGUCCUGACAAGAAUAAAGUUAACUUUAUUCCUAAAAGUGGCUCUGCCUUCUGCCUUGUCAGCAUUCUCAAGCCCCUUCUUCCCACACAAGAUCUUACACUCAAAGGUGCUACUCAUAAUCUGACCGUCACGACUGGUAUGACCCCCACGCUGCUGCAACCUCUUUCCAUGGCCUCCCUUUCUGCAAACACAGACCAGGAGCGGCUCUCUCGUGGAACGAGCAAAGUAAUAUCACAGAUGCCUGUGCUCCAGCAGUCAGGACAUAGCGAAGAAACUGAAGGAUAAGCUCUGCGUGGCUGUUUGGGGGGAGGGGGGCGGUUAUGGAAACAACUGUGAUUAAACUUUCCAGAUGACAUCUCUUUACAUCACAACAGACGAUCGUUCCAUAAACAGGUCAUAGGUAGUAUCAUAUACACCCUGCCAUGAAUGCCAGCCUUCUGUGAGAUCUAGGAAAAAAAGGAGCAGCCGAGAGCCAACUGCAUUUGUCUUGGGAUGAUUCAGGUGCAGACUCUGAGCAUGCUGCUUUGGUACCGUAAAGAAGGGAGAUCUCCACAACUCCUCACAACUGGAGGGACCUCUUUUUUUUUUUUUCAGAUACUUUACGUUUCAGUGUAAACUUUUGAGUUUGAACAAUGAAAAAGACAUCCCAACUUUUCUUAGCAGAAUAUCUGUUUUCAGGAGAAAAAAAAAAGGAAAUCAUUAAUUCAUAUGAAGAUAGUAUUUACAAAUGUGCAUUUUUAUUUUUAUUUUUUGAAAUUUCAUCAGGAUAAUUGCACUUUCCUUGCUACAUCUUUUUCACUGGGACCAAUGGAUUGAAACUUUUUCAGUAUUCUGUCAUAAGACCAGCUGAUUUUGCUCCUUUUCCCAGAUUAGCGUAACAUCGUUCAGACAAAGAAGAAAAGCAAUAUUGUCACAUGCUGAAGGGCAGGGGAAGGGGAAAAAAGCACAUGUGUGGAAUUUCUUGUCUGAAAAUAGCAUUUUAGUGCACUUCAGCUAAUUAUGUCGUGAUUUAUUUCUAAUGUUGUAUUUCAGGACAUGUUUCCAUCCUUUUUUCCCCAGAACGCCAACUAACUGUCACAACGGUGCCUCUUGGGACAACUUAGUUUUUUAUGUUACUGUCAAAAUCUUGAAUUGCCUUUGGCAUAUAUACCUGAUUCUAUCAUGUCUUGCCACUAUACUAUAUAAACCCUAUAGUCAUAUGAUCUUAAAGGGGCCAUGCAUGCAUGGUGGUUUUUGCUUGUCAAAGUACUGUUUUGUGGGUCUGUUGAGGGUAAUAGUUUGUCAGGCAUGAUAUUGUUGAAGCAAUUUAUUUCAAUGGACAUGUCUCCUUUUGGAGUAGCAAUAUUGUUAGGGUGUUAAGCUAAGAACCUUUUUAUGCUUUCAUUGAUGUGGCCCAUUUCAUUUUUAGUGCUUUUUUUUUAAAAUGAACUAUACUUAUGGAAGAAUUGAAGAUAAGAAAUUUCUGUUGUUACGUUUGCUUGUGAAAGGGUCUGAGCUAAUAAUGGAUAGAAAAGUGUAUUUACCAAGCUGAUUAAAUGACACAAGAUAGAGCAGUUGGGGGAAUAGUUAGAAAGAAGUUACAUUUAGAAAGCAAUAUAUUCUGGUAUCUUUAAGUAAACAAAAGUAUCAUAGCAAUGUAACCUAAUUCCAGACUGGCAGAUAAACAGACAUAGCAGCAUCAGCAUGUUUUUGAUGCAGUGUUAGUUGGAAAUGGACCACAUCCACCUCAAGUGGAUCUUCCAUUUGUUUUGCUGCAUUAGUAAUACAAUAUUUUAAAUAAUUACUCCUACAUUGUUUGGCCUCUUGGUUCUUGUUAAAAAUAAUCAACUGAGUAAAAACUUGCAUUUUGACUUACCCAGGUAGAUGGUUGCUUUGUCCACUUAACAGCAUAGGUUCUGAUGCAGAAACGCUAAUGCUAUAAUAGAGUUGUUCGUUUUUAAGGUACCAAAACACUUCUUUGCAUUUGCUACCAUAGAAGCCCCGUUCUGGUAUUUCCUGAACGCAGGGAGGGGAGAGAGGAGACUGCACUUAUAGAGCCCUCUUCUCCGCCAACUUUCUCCAGCCUGACAUAUCAGUAGAGGCUCUGAAAGAUAGCUGGACUUGCAUGCAAGAUCACGUAUGUUGUUAAUGUGAUCUUGCAUUCUGCUGUAGUCCAUUCCUAAAGCAAAUGAGGAGCAGUAUUUGCUUUUAUGGUACAUGAAUGUACCAGAAUAGAGCUCUUCCAACUUUUUUUCUGAACAUAUGGAGGUUUGUGAGAAUAGAGAUGACAUUAUAUGCCCAGGUCUGUUUUCUCUCCACUGGUCCAAGCAAAUGCAUGAAGGGGCUGGACAGACAACACUAUCCUUGUGGAAGUCUUUUUAAAGUAUUAUUUGAUUGCUGUUGUAUUUUGAUCCUAUAUUGUAUUGCUUUAUUUUUAUUUCUGUUUUAUUCUGUAUUCAGAUAUUUUAGCAGAGCAAAAUAGUCUUACACCCAUUCCACAGUCUUAAAUUUGUGGGUCAUCUAGAUUUACUCUAUGAAACAUUUAUAAUGGGAGAGCUAAGUAUUUCUUACUUGACUUAAAGGUAUUUUAAUUUUAGUUUAAAGCAGAUGUAGGUUGUGUGAGAGAACAGUAUCUUGCAAAAAAAAAAAAGGCAUUGCUCAAACAAUGUGAAGCCUCUUUUACUGCUAGACACAUAUGUGCAUUCUCAAAAUGUUUAAUGCUCCAGCUUUAUGAAACAAGAGCGUUGGGUAUAUUUGUGCAAAAGGAUAUCUGCACUUUAUAUCAACUCUUGUUGUUUCAUGUUAAGGAGCAGUUUAGAUUUGACAGAUUGUGUCAAAUCCUUCAGGGGAUUUGUGGAAAUAUUAAAGGGCCAAAUUGCAAUUAGGAAUAAUGAAAAAUAGUGGGUCUUUGAACCCAAAACACUUUGUUUUCAUGAAUCUGUGUAAGGUGUGUUCAAGUUGAAUAUAUUGAAAUCUUUUAGACAUUUUUACUGUCCUCAUUGAUGCCAGAACAUCAAUGUGUUAGUAGACAUUUGAGGCUGGCCUUCAAAUGCACAUUUAAAAAACUGACACUUCAACUUUUAUUAAGAGAACAGAAGGUAUUUAGCCCCUGUGAUUGUAAUAAAUUAAGGAUUUAUAUGUCAUCACCAGCAAGGGCUUGAUUAAAAUAUUUCCAUUUUUAUGCAGUGAGAGGACUCAAUUGAUUUGCAGCCACAAGAUGUUAGCUCAUAGCAACCAUAGUUUUUGUUUAAAAUGGCAGUUUUGAUGUUUCUUCAAACCUCAUAUUAGCUGUCUGUGUGGUAAGUUACCCUUCUGUGGUAUGCAAGCAUUUAAGCUAAUGAUUUCAAGAGAGGUAGGAAUGAUAAAGUACAAGGAAAUUUGUAAAAACAAGGCAGAGAAGUCGGGACUCUUUUCCACAGUCAGAGGCAUUGUACUUCCAAGUCACUUGGAGAGCUCCAAGUAUUCUCUCUCUUCCAAAUGCAGCUAAAGAACUUGGGAGAUUGUUGAGAAGCAUUUUCCAGGGGUUGGUUUGAGAAAGAAGAUGGUUUCUUUGCCUUUUAUGAUUCAUGGUUAAUAGUUCAUGAGGCCUACUAUCUAUUUGAAAAAAAAGAGAAAGGAUAAUUCCUCUUAUUCCUAAAGGCAGUCCCCAAAGUGGAACGGGGUGUUCUUCAUGUACCCUUGGCCCUUGCUCUCUUUUGUCGGAGAGCUGCCAAUAUUCCCUGCUUGCAGUCACGGGAGUACAUCUUAUUUUCACCCAGCGUGUAGAGAAGCAGCAACAUUGAGAGAAGGGGAGAAGAAAAAUUGGGAAAAUGAAAGAAAGCAAAAUAGAUUUAAGGACAGGUUUCAAAUGGCAAAAUGAGAUUCAAUGAACAACACAUAAAGGAAGACACACUUCUUUCUUUAUCUCUGUGCCUCUUUGCAAGUUAGUUAAAAAUGUAUACUACAUGAGUUGCAAGUUUUUGGAGUUGAAAAUCAAGAAAAAGACAGAAAAAUAGUGGCCUGUUUAAUAUAGAAGUUGUUUGCUGACAUGAAAAUUGAACAGAAGUGGUCAUAUGGCAAAGAUUCCUGAAAUCUGUCAAAAAAAGAAUCAUUGUAUCCUGUAUUUGGAAAUAGAAAUUACAACGUCGUAAUGUAACAUGUGAAGACAUUAAAAAUCUAAUGUCUUCAACUGAUUUGUGAUCAUGUUCAGUGUAGCAUAUAACAAAGUGCAUUAUUAAGAACUGACUAAAUAUUUGCUGACUAUUUUCUACACAUUGGUUAUAAAAGAUAAGAGAAAAGGGGAUUCUUGCCAGAUCAAAAUUCAUCAAUAGGCCUGCUCUGGACUGUAGUAUAUAGUUUAUUUCCAUCACCAACAGAAUAAACAAUGAUAUGGAGAACAUUGAUAUUGCUUUGUACACCCUAAUAAUAUUCUGUUCAUGUUUUUGGAGUGCAUUUAGGGAAAAGAGGAAACCUUAAUAAUGAGAAGUCUAAAGAUAGCAUUGAAUUUUGCCUUGGUGGGUUGUUUGUUACUCUAAGGCAGGGGAGUACUUUAAAUGAUACAGAUAGCAAAGUUCUGCCCUGCAAAGGCCUUGGAGAACAAUGCAGGUAUUCCUCAACUUAUGAUCACAAUUGAGUCCAAAAUUUCCAUUGCUAAGCAAGACUUAAGGUAAGUUUUACCCCAUUUUAUGAGCUUUCUUGCCACAGUUGUUAAGUGAAUUGCUGCAGUUGUUAAGUUAGUAACAGUUGUUAAGUGAAUCUGCCCCCCCCCACUAACUUUGCUUAUCAGAGGGUCACAAAAAAAUCUCACAUGACCCAGGACACUGCAGCGGUCAUAAAUAUAUCCCAGUCACACAACCUACAAUAGUCAUAAGUGUGAAAAACAGUCAUAAGUCACUUUUCUCAGUGCUGUUCUAACCAAAUAGUCAUUGAAUGGUUGUAAAUCAGGGACUACCUGUAACAAAUUGCAUAUAUACUUAAUGCUUACAACAUAAGAUGCUGCAAUUUUUACUUCAGUUUGCACCAAUGCUAGUCAUCAUAGAAAAAAAACAUUAUUUCUGAUGACGUGGUUGUCUGCUUAUGUAAGCUAUUGGUGACUUGAAACUGGAUCCUAUAGAGAAGUUUUGUGGUUGAUUUUCACGUGAAGGUAGCUGCACCACUUGACUAGACAGCAAGUUUGAAGAUUUUUAUGUUUUAUAGUACAUACUUCAGCAUAAAACUAUUCAACUACACUUGUGGCUAAUUGAAGUCAUACGUAGAAUAUCAAAAAACAUCAAAAAGAUCAAAUUACUCUCUGUGACUUCCUGUCUCUGUUUCUCUCACACACAUGAAUAACUAAUUUUCAAACGUGAGUUAGUGAGCAGGAAUGUUUUUAUGAGUUCUGGUUUCAAAUGCCAAUAAAAUGUUCAUGAAGUUGUAUCUUUCCUCCCACUCUACUUCUACCUAAAUAUUGUAUAAGUAACCUCUUUACAGCAGUUCACUGCCAGUAGUAUGGGGUGUAUUUUCCUUCCAGGUUCAUCUUUUCUUGCUAGAGCCAGUACUAAGGAUAAAGGUGUUACAGCUAUGUGCUAUAAUUGCAAAGGCCAAUUAUGUUUGAAUAUGUAAGAUUUUUUAAAAUUUUUCUUCUCAGUGCACACUGGUGUGUUUGGGCAUUUGUUUUUCUAUUGUUUUUAUUUUAAUGAUUGAUGUACAAUAUGUCAACAAGAAAUUUUAUUGAAUUUUUUUACAAAAAAAAAUGUUUUCCUCACCUUUAUGGAACUUGUACACUUUCAAUAAAUACUUCAACAAAA